UGGGGUUCUGAAACUGGUGGUGCUGCGGAUCUGCAGCUGGAUACUAUUGGGUUGGGAUGCCUGCCUACGUAAUCGGCGCUGAGAAAAGUAACAGAUAUCACACGACAACGCCGCCUGAGUCAAUAUAAGUAAUCUUAUUUUAACUCUUAACUGAAUUCAGUUAGAGUUAAAAUUAGGUUACUAAUAUUUCGACCCAUCGUAACAGGUUCCGAGUAUUAGAGACAACGUCUUGGAUGUUAUGUUCCUCCCAUUUUUAUACUCUUGUUUUAUGAUUGCAUUUCAAGCCGCUGAUAUUUCUAUGGCGGAAGAUAAGUUCGUUACACAUAUUACACGCCGUCUUCAUUAUUAAGAAUUAGUUGUGUCUAUGUCCUCUUUAGCACUAUUCAGGUGUACUUUAAGAGGACUUAGCAGUCAACUGACACGUGAAUUAAACAGAACUAGAUACCGAGAUCUCUCGACUUCUUGCUAUCCGAAGAUUAAGAGCAACUGUGCACAGAAAAUUAACACGAACGUUUUCAGUCAGCGAUACUUCACCACAGAAGCCAAUAUGAAGAAAUUGCUUGUGGAUGUUGACUGUGGGGUGGACGAUGCUCAAGCUCUUAUGAUGGCUUUGGCAGUUCCCGACGUGCAGAUCCUGGGCAUCACCUGCGUUCAUGGCAACACGAAUUUAGACAAUGUCUGCAAGAACGUCCUGCGUGUCCUGAAAGUGUGCAAGCGUCUAGAGAUUCCUGUGUUCCGAGGAGCGGAUAAAUCGCUCUUGGGGCAAAAAAUCGGUGCUGGAGAUUUCCAUGGGAAAGAUGGGCUUGGGGAUGCCCCAGAUCCUGAAGCUCCUGGAUUGGAACUUGCCCAGGCAGAGGGCGCCGUGUCAGCCAUGAUCCGUAUUGUCAAUAAGAAUCUUGGGGAGGUAUCUUUAGUGGCCACAGCUCCACUGACGAAUCUGGCAUUGGCAGUGAAACUUGACCCCUCAUUUCCCCAGAAACUCAAAGGCCUUUACAUUAUGGGUGGCAACACAGACUCGCGUGGGAACACCACUGUGUGUGGAGAGUACAACUUUGCAGCUGAUCCUGAAGCAGCUUACAUUGUUCUAAAUGAAUACCUUUGCCCAACUUACAUUGCAUGCUGGGAGUUUACUUGCCACAGUAAAUUACCCUGGGAGUUCUGUGACGACUGGCUGGCCCAGGACACAGAUAAGGCUCGGUUUAUGAAGCAGAUUUUUAAGCACAGCAUGGAGUCCUCCUACAGUGAAAGGAUUGAAAAGGAGCUGGUGGCAGGGCAGGGCUUCAUCUCCUGUGAUUCUUAUGCCAUGGCAGCAGCCAUAGAUGACAAAUAUAUUAUUGAGACUGACCACAGGGCUGUCACUGUAGAGCUCGCAGGCAACUAUUGCAGAGGAAUGAUGGUUGUAGAUCAUCUCGAGAUUAUGAAGAAAACCCACAAAGUUUACAUCUUGAAGAAGGUGGACUUGGAGAAGUUUAAAGUACUCAUGACGAACGCUUUAAAAUAAAUGUUCAAAGACAUUGGCGUCAUGUCUAUAAUUACAUUUUAUUACUAUAUUUUUUAUAAACAUCUUUAGACACUUCUUUAUCAGAAUCCUGCAAAUUGUUUGUUGCUGGUUACAUUAUCAUUUAAGAUUGACACAUCUCACAACUUUUUGAUCAAUAAACACUCAAACUAAAUGUUUUGAUUAUUGUUCUCUUUUGUGGAUCCAGUUAUUGAUAUUGAUGCAGUUCAUCUUGUUACCAAAUAGCCUUCAGGAGUCUACCAAGAGCAACAGUA